CAUAACAAUGGACAGGGGAAGUCAAUUCGAGUCACUCCUCUUCGACGCCUUGACGAAGCUCAUUGGUAGUAGACGAAUCCGCACGACAGCUUACCACCCACAGUCCAAUGGAAUGAUUGAAAGAUGGCACAGGACGAGUUACAAAGAAGACAUCAAGGCAUCCACGGCAAAGUUAGUAUACGGCACGACACUGAAAUUACCCGGAGAAUAUUUUGCUGCAGAAGAACCAACGGGAUAUCCACAGAUGUUCGCAGAGAAGUUCCGGAAAUACAUGAGGACAAGUAGAGCAGUACCCGCAGCUCAUCAUGUUAAGAGCAAACCAUUCAUUCACAAAGAAUUGGAGAAUAACACGCACGUAUUUGUACGCGUAGACAGACCGAGAGGGCCGUUAGAGCAACCAUACGAGAGGCCAUUCGUAGUUAUGAGCAAAAUUAACGACUCUCUUUUCAGGGUAAAUUACAAAGGACAACAGGCGACCAUCAACAUAGAUAGACUGAAACCAGCGUUCAUGGAAGCUGCAGAACCACAAGGACAAGGAAGCGCGGAGGAAACAAACCCGCAACCAGGACCAUCCACGGCAGACAUUUCCUGCACCCCGAAGGAACGAAACAGAACAGUCAAAUUCGCGACUUAGUACUUCAGUCACUCAGGGGGGAGUAU